GUCUCUUCCUCCCCCACGAUCUCAGGGAUCUGGAUCCUCCCCUGCCGGCUCGCGGGCCGUGCUUUGGCGGCCUGCGGGCCCUGAACCUGACCCCUUCUCUUCCUAUCCACGCAAAUCGUUCAUCCGGCUUCUUCUUCCCCAAUACUUGGAAUCUGACCCCCUUCUACCUAAUUCCACUGAUCCUGCCCCUAAUAAACCUACAUUCAGACCCUAAAACAAUGGGCUGACUUUUGCUUCCUUGCCAAGGGUGCAGGCUACCUCCCCAACGGUAACGGGGAUAACUUAUUGCCGCUCAUUUCCCCACCAUACCCUCUCUCGCCCCAAUCCCAGUCCGGCCUCCCUUUUUAAAAUAACAGAUCUGGGCUCCCAGACCCCUGGCAUCUCAGCACCGACGCUGCCUUUCCCACCUGGCUCCUCCAGUGCACCCUACCCAUGUCUUCCAUCUGUAGGUCCCCGGCCUGGGAAAGGAUGGCCCCGCGACCCCCAAGAGGCCUGGUCCCAGCUCUGGUCUGGGGCCUGAGCCUCUUCUGCAGCCUCCCAGGCCCAGUUUGGCUCCAGCCCUCUCCGCCUCCCCAGUCUUCGCCCCCAACCGAGCCCCAUCCGUGUCAUACCUGUCGGGGACUGGUCGACAGCUUCAACAAGGGCCUGGAGAGAACCAACCGGGACAACUUUGGAGGUGGAAAUACUGCCUGGGAAGAAGAGAAGUUGUCCAAAUACAAAGACAGUGAGACCCGCCUGGUAGAAGUGCUUGAGAACGUGUGCAGCAAGUCGGACUUUGAGUGCCAUCGCCUGUUGGAGCUGAGCGAGGAGCUGGUGGAGAGUUGGUGGUUUCACAAGCAGCAGGAAGCCCCAGACCUCUUCCAGUGGCUCUGCUCAGAUUCCCUGAAGCUCUGCUGUCCCUCAGGCACCUUCGGGCCCUCCUGCCUUCCCUGUCCCGGGGGUACAGAGAAGCCCUGCGGUGGCUACGGGCAUUGUGAAGGGGAAGGGACUCGAGGGGGCAGCGGGCACUGUGACUGCCAAGCCGGCUAUGGGGGUGAGGCCUGUGGCCAAUGCAGCCUCGGCUACUUUGAGGUGGAGCGCAACGCCAGCCAUCUGGUAUGUUCGGCUUGCUUUGGCCCCUGUGCCCGCUGCUCAGGACCUGAGGAAUCAAACUGUUUACAGUGCAAGAGGGGCUGGGCCCUGCAUCACCUCAAGUGUGUAGAUAUUGACGAGUGUGGCACAGAGCGAGCCAACUGUGGAGCCGACCAAUUCUGCGUGAACACGGAGGGCUCCUAUGAGUGCCGAGACUGUGCCAAGGCCUGCCUGGGCUGCAUGGGGGCAGGGCCAGGCCGCUGUAAGAAGUGUAGCCCUGGCUACCAGCAGGUGGGCUCCAAGUGUCUCGAUGUGGACGAGUGUGAGACAGAGGUGUGUCCCGGAGAGAAUGAGCAAUGUGAGAACACCGAGGGCAGUUACCGUUGUGUCUGUGCUGAGGGCUACAAACAGAUUGAGGGCAUCUGUGUGAAGGAGCAGAUCCCAGAGUCAGCGGGCUUCUUCUCAGAGAUGACAGAGGAUGAGCUGGUGGUGCUGCAGCAGAUGUUCUUCGGUGUCAUCAUCUGUGCACUGGCCACGCUGGCUGCCAAGGGUGAUUUGGUCUUUACCGCCAUCUUCAUUGGGGCUGUGGCGGCCAUGACUGGCUACUGGUUGUCAGAGCGCAGUGACCGGGUGCUGGAAGGCUUCAUCAAGGGCAGAUAAUCUCUGCCAUGCCUGCAGGAUCUCCUCCCACCAGGCUGCCUCCAGAAGCCAGGCCUCUCUUCUGCCUGGACACUCAAGGCGGCUGGCUUUAUUUUUGAGAGUAGGCUAAGUACCCCCUACCCACCUACGGAGCAGCCUAGGCACCCAGACCUGGGCAGGUGAGGCCCCUGGGAUGCGGAAGGAGCCCUAAAAAUGGAAGCCAUGGGAUCUUGGCCUUGAGGAGACUGGGCAGGCUUCAUAAUGUGUGUGGAUUUUAAGUGUCUCCUUAUGGUGGCUGCUAGUGAGCCUUGGCCCCUGCGCAGGAUGAGGGGAGUGGGCUCCUGCAGGGGUGAGUCCAUCAUAGCCUCCUCCUGCCAGCUGCAUGCUGCCAGCUCCUGUUCCAUAUUCACCUCCCCCAUUCCUCACCCCUCAGCCACUGAUUUAUUUAUUCAUCUCAGGAAAUAAAGAAGAUCUUGGAAAACGGA